AUGAAACAUGAGAAAUAUAUAUAUUCUAAACUGGAAAGUGUUGAAAUUAUUUAAACAUAAGAAAUAGUAUCUAAUGUUUAUCAACUUAUAGCAUUACAUUAAAUUGAAGAUAUUAUAUAAAUUUAUUAUUUAAAUGUUGAAGAAUUAAUAUUGUUAUAUGAAUAUAAUGUUGCUAUGGCUAAAAUUUUAAGACCCUUUAAAUAUUCAAUUAAUUAGAAUUAUUUAAUUAUUGCAGCCAACAUACAAGAAAAAUAAUUUUUACUAACUUUCGCAAUAUUUAAGAAUAAGAAUUUAAAAUUAAUUAAAACUAUAGAGAUAAGUUCAUUAAAAUUUCUUUUAGAAAACAAUUAUUUAUAUUAUUUUGAUAAAUCUAAUAAUUUUAGAGUUUAUAAUAUUGAAUAUUUUGAAGUGACUCUUAAAAAUCUUAUUCCUAAAUAAAAGGAUUUUUUACAUAUUUAAUAGUUUUCUUUUGAAAUCUUUCUUGUUGAUUCAAAUGAAUCUUAUAUGAAAAUAUCAUUUUUUUUAAUGAAAUCUAAUUAAUGUUAUCAAUUAUUUCCUAUUUAAAAUUAAAUAUAGCUAUAACUGAAUAAUAGAAACUUUUUAAGAAUCAAACUAGAUGAAUUAUUUCUAGGGCAAAUAUAUAACUUAACUUCCUUAUAAAAUAAUAAUACAUAUUUGAAUGGGCCUUUUUUACUAUAAGAAAAAAUAUCAAAUUAUAAAUAACAUUAUACUAUCAAAAUUAGAACUAUAUAUCUCUAAUAAACUAAUAAUUUAAGUGAAUUGUAGAAAAAAACAAAAAUAUAUCUUAUACAUCUUGAAUCAGGUAUAGAAGUUGUCAAAAAUUAUGAGGAAAUCAAAAAAUAUUUUCAAAUAGAAUAUGGAAUGUUUUUAGAUAUGUUUUGUGAAAAUGAAUAUUUUUUAUAAGUUUUAUUUUUAACGAAUUAGAAUGAUUUGUAAGUUAUAAAAUUUUUAAUUAAAGAUAAUUAUUUGAUUUUAGAUGAACAACAAUUAGUAAUAUAAUAAAAUAUUAAUUUAAAUUUUUAUAAUUAGGUUUUGAAAAUUGGUAAGUUAAUUGCUUUAAAUUCGGAUUCAAAUCCUUAUCUGUACUAUUUAACAGAAUAAACUAUUAAAUCACUUGAAAAUUAAAAAGAGUUUGAGAAAAUUAUUUUUAUUAAAAAUGCUAAUGAUUUAUACCUAACUACACAAAAUUACUUUUAAGAAUAAUAUUGGUAAAUUCAAAUUCUUGUAUUAAAAACCUAAAAAUUGGAAAUAUUUUUAUAACGUUUGAUUGAUAUAGAUUUAAUAUUUUAAGAAUUAAAAAAGUAUAUUUUAAUUGAAGAUAUAAUAGAUCAGGAAGUUACUGA